UGCCUAACACAGAGAGACCUGGACAGACAGGGAGGGUCUUUUCUGCAUUGACAGUUCAGGUUGUUUUUAAGCCAAAGGCAUGAGAACAAGUGUGAGCCCAAGGUGUGAUUUAAAGGUUAUUUUAGUUUAAGUUAGGAACCAAGCAAUGAAAGCAGGGACCACUUUCUGAGGUGUAACAAUGCAGGACGGCGAGUUGGUGAUCAGGCUCCCGGGGCGAUCCCACUCCCCCCUGGGCAGCAGAGAUUCUGGGGCCGGUGGUGGAUUUGGCGAGACGCUGGUGCUGAGGCACAAAGAGGUUCACCACUUCUUCUUUGUUCCCUUCAGGGAGCAGCCCAUUUACAGCACGAGGGCCCACGUCUUCCAGAUCGACCCCAACACCAAGAAGAACUGGCUGCCUGCGAGCAAGCACGCCGUCACCGUCUCCUACUUCUACGACAGCACACGCAACGUCUACCGGAUCAUCAGCCUGGACGGAACCAAGGCAAUAAUCAACAGCACCAUCAGCCCAAACAUGACGUUCACAAAGACGUCACAGAAGUUUGGUCAGUGGGCGGACAGUCGAGCGAACACUGUCUACGGACUGGGCUUCUCCACCGAACAUCAUCUGUCCAAGUUUGCAGAAAAGUUUGCAGAGUAUAAAGAAGCAGCACGGCUUGCUAAGGAGAAGAGCCAAGAGAAGAGUGAAAUGGCAACGUCUCCUUCUCAAGAGUCUCCGGCUGGAGAGCUCUCCUCCCCUGUGACCCCUGUGACUCCCCCCAUGGAAAACAUCAACGGCACGGAUGAGAUCUGUGACACGACUCCUAACUCAGACAGCCGUCCGGAGCCGGCACAGAGUGCUCUGGCUUUCGCACACAGGGAGCAGCUUAAGACUUGUCGGGUCUACUCUUUCUGAUAGUCCUGACUGCUGCGACAACGUGACUUCACUAAACAAAAAAAACACAACAUUUUUAGAUGUAAUGUUUUUCUAAAAUAAGAGCUUGACUACAGGUUUGCAGAAGGGUGGGUGCAGUUUUCCAAUACCACUGAAUAUUCAUUACUCAAAAGUAAGAAUAAAACACUGAAACUCCUCUGAGGAGGGAUGCAAAGACUUUGGUGCAGGAAAUUUUUUUUACUGGAAUAUAGCAUUUACACACUGUUCAAUUGUUCAAACCAGCAAGAGAUGUAACUUAGAUUGUUUCUCAGGACUGAUGAACUAGUAUCCACCUUUUCUUUUUUGUCCAGUCUGAGCAUGCUCUGUAAGGAUCGGAUCCUCACACACACAUUUUUAGCUGCAGAGCCUUGCAAAUGUAGAUAUAUGCCCUUGAACUUGUUUCGUUACGACCACAAACUUCAAUGCAUUUUAAUGGGUUUUUCUGUAGCAAAUCAACACAAAGUACUUUAUCAAUGUGAAGUGGAAUUAAAAUUAGGGAUGCUUUUUAAAAGUUUAACAAACAAAAAUCUAAAAUGUGUGUUUUUGUUUUCAAACUAUCUGGGUCAAUAGUUUGUUAAAGCAUGAUUUGCUGCAUUUUUGGGGUGUCUCUCUCCCAACUUUGGACACGUAGAGACUAAGAUGUUUGCACAUUUUAUUUUUAUUUUUUGCAAAAUUGCUCACCUAACUCAGAUUGAAUAGAGAGAAUAUGAACAUUACUUUUAAGUCUUGCCACAGAUUCUACAUCGGACUCUAAGCUGUUCCUUUGUAGCUCUGGAUGUACGUUUGGUGUCAUCAUCCUGCUGGAAGGUGGACCCCUGCUGUAGUCUCAAGACUUUUACAGCUCAUAACAGGUUUUGCUUCCAAGAUUGCUCUGUUUAGACCCAUCCAUCUUCCUGUCAACUUUAACCAGCUUCCCUGUACCUGCUGAAGAAAAGCUCCCCACGGUCUGAUGCCGCCACCACCGUGUGUCACUAUGGGGAUGGGGCGUUCAGGGUGAUGUCCAGAGUUGGUUUUCCACUACACACACCAUUUUACAUGGAAUAGGCAAAAUAUUCAGCUUUUGGCCAAUUUCAGCAGCAGCUAUCUUGUGUUUCUUUAAUAAAGGCCAGAUUUUUUGAGUGCAUGAUCAAUAGCUUUUCCCUAUACACAGAUUCUCCCACCUGAACUGUGGAUCUUUGCAGCUCCUCCAGAGUUACAAUGGGCCAUCCUAUGCUCCCCUUGUCCGAUCUGUCAGUUUAGAUAGAUGCCCAUGUCUUGGAGGGUUUAAAUAACCCUGUGAGAUGUUCAUUUAUUAUAUAUUUUUUUUAUUUUAUCCAUGUCUUUAUUUACUUAUAUUACCUCUGAAGGCAAAUGUUUGCCGUGGAACUUAUUUAGGGAUUUCAGAUUGACGGGGGUUGCUGAAUACAUUUGUACAACAAAGUUUUUAUUAGAAAAAAACCUGUCAAACCUCCACUUCACAACUAUGUGCUAGUCUUGUGUUGGUCUAUCACAUUGAUGAUUGUGAUUGAAGCGUGACAAACUGACAACAUUUCAAGGGGUAUGGAUACACUUGCAUAUAUGUAUGCCGACUGCAGUGCAAUAAUAUAAAUGCAAAUUCAAAUCUCUUGAAAAGUAGGUGUUGCUGUGACACCUAUGCAUGAACAAUUACUGCUGUACACAUUCCUCUUUAUGUCAUGUUGGCAAACCGAAAACUAAAAUGUGAUUUUUAACCUUCGCUGAUGUGCGCCUGUCUCUGUAAGACGUCACAUGAACUCUUUGUUGUGUAAAGGCUCCAAAAGGUGCGGCUGUGAGGUUCGUCGCCAAAAAUGUGUCGGUGAAGUGUUUAUGUAAGACUUAUAUAACACGAUGUGGGUAGUGGGAGGCAUGGAAAGAGCAAGACAGACACACAGAUUGUGUGUGUCAGAGAGGAAUGUGCUUUGUAUAAAGUCUGUACAUGAGUCACUGAUACCUAAAUGUCCAGCAUCAGCACACAGUGCAUUGCUGAAGUAAAUAAAGUGGAGAGAGAGAGAGAGAGGGAGCUCAGUUUGAGUUGUACAAAAGAGUGAAGUCUUCUUUUGUAGUGAAAUGUACACACAGGCUUUUCCUUUUGUGAAAUAUCUGUAACUUGUGCCACUUCUGUUAUCUGUAGCUGAGAUUCAUUUUAAUUAAAGAUGUCAAUUCCUGAC